AUGGAAGGGAAACAUUCUAAAAGACCUAGACACACCAAGUCAUCGGCCCACCGUCGUAGGUCUCCAUCACCACCGCCUAGGUCCCCAUCACAUCCAACAAAUCCGACACAUGGUGGUGUGGUCCACGAGCUCAGUUACAAAGUCCCGACAAUCGAGUUCUUAUCUUCACUCUAUUUGGACCACAAUGUCCUACAUUUCCGGCUUAUGAACCAAGAUCAUGCCUUGUCCAUAGACCAAAUCAAUUCCAUAGUUGGGGUCCCCACAGAAAACACCUUUGGCCCCAAUGACCCAAUCCUAGGAUACAGUGAUCUUACAUGGUGGACUCACCUUACGCGUAAACACCCCUAUGUCUCAAGUUCUGCUAAGGCCUCAUCUCUCAUCCACCCUGUGAUGAAAGUGGACCACAGGAUUAUUGUUUCACUUGUCAUCCCUAGAGAAUAA